AUGGCUUCCCCACUCCAAGACGAUGAAGGCAUUUUCGAGCGGCUUCGGAAACACAACGAGGACCCAAAGGUCUUGGAGGAAAGGCAGCAAGCUGUGAAUGACAGAGUCCAUGCGAUAUACCAAAAGGCGCAAACCCGAUUGGCAGAGUUGAUCGACCAAAACUCCACCUUGCCAUGUACCAUUUCGUCCGUCCAAGUCCUCAAUGCCUCACGCACUCGAAAAGGCUUCCUGGAGAGGGUGCUUAGCCCCCUGUUAAGUUCGAAUAGGGACCAUCCGUACACCCUUGCCGAGGCCCUCCAGGAAGUCGGCGCUUGCACUGAUAAACUACACAAAUUCGACAUCUUCCAGCAGCCGAUAUCCGUGUACUUGGAUAAACCUUCCCAGACUGAUCCGUCCACAACGCCAACCGAUUUGGAUGUCUACUUAUCCGUCAAGGAGCGGUCUCGAUUCCUUCUCAAAACCGGCACCGAUCUUGGAAAUGCGGAGGGUUCUGCCUACGCAAAUGCUCUAUGGAGGAAUAUAUUUGGUGGUGCCGAAUCAUUGAACAUCAAUGCCUCGUUAGGUACCCGGACAAGGUCAGCCUACCAGGCGACCUUUGAAACACCCCUGCUCAGCGACCCGGAUUUUCGAUUUGAACUUGGUGCUCUUGCAAGCGAUACACAGAAAUCAUGGGCCAGUCAUGAGGAGGCGGUCAAGGGCGCAUGGAGCAGGCUUCGCUGGAUGAGCACUGCUGGACAUCGUCAUGAGCUGGGGCUGAAUGGGUUUUGGCGGCAGGUUACCAAUCUUGCCAGCAACGCUUCACCAUCUGUACGCGAAAAUGCCGGCGACAGCGUCAAAACAAGCAUUUCACACACCUGGGUCAGAGACCUACGAGAUAAUCCCAUCCUCCCUUCAAGUGGCAUCUACGCCAAAACGCUAAAUGAGUUAGCAGGAUGGGGCCCAUUGAAAGGUGACGUCUCGUUCUGGAAAUCGGAGAUAGAGACACAGCUUGCGGCACCGGUACCCAUUCCUGGACUCAAGAGGGACAGUGGUAUCAGUUUCACGACAAGCUUCCGCGCUGGUCUCCUUUAUCCAUUGGGUUUAGAUUCGAGCUCCAAGCCUCAGCUCUCUCGGGUAAACGACCGGUUCCAGUUAGGAGGUCCAACUGAUGUACGAGGUUUCAGGAUUUCAGGUCUUGGUCCCCGUGAAGGCCCAGAUGCGCUAGGCGGCGACGUUUACGCUGCUGGCAGUGCCAAUCUGUUGUUCCCCCUUCCACGCGUUGGCGCCGACAAGCCAUUCCGGCUCCAAGCCUUUGUAAAUGCCGGACGGCUAUUAGCGCUCAAAACGCCGCAAGGAGGAACCCCGAACUCACCCCAAGAGGUGCGGGAGAGCAUGGCAAGCACUAUUUCAGAGCUUGCGAACGGUCUUCCCAGUACAGCAGCUGGCAUCGGGCUGGUAUACGCCCAUCCCGUGGCGAGGUUUGAAUUGAAUUUCUCCUUGCCUCUCGUUUUGCGGAAGGGAGAGGAGGGUAGGAAAGGCUUGCAGCUUGGUAUUGGGAUCAGUUUCUUGUAA